CUUACCCCUGAUGAUACUAAUGGUGAUAAUUUUCCUGAUGAUUGUGUUCUGGGAAAACGAGCUGUAUGAAGAAACAGUGAUGUCAACCAUAGAACACCUGCACGUGGACUACCCUCAGAGUAAUAUUGCUGUAAGGUACUGCAACCACAUGAUCUUAGAAAGAAUCAUCAAGGAACCUGACAACACCUGCAAAAAGGAGCAUGUCUUCAUCCACGAGAGGCCUCGACAGAUCAAUCGUGUUUGCACUUCUCCCAAGAGGACGGCUUGCCAAAACCAUUCCAGCAUUUCAUGUUUCCAGAGUGAGACAAAGUUCAAAAUGACAGUCUGUAAGCUCAUUGAAGGUAUCAGAUAUCCUGCCUGCAGGUACCACAUUUCCCCCACAGAGGGGUUUAUUGUCGUCACUUGCGAUGACAUGGGGCCCGUUAACUUCCAGAAAUAUGUUGAAUAA